AUGAGCUCUGACCACGCCCCUUCUUCCCUGCCACGCGACGCUGCGGCUGUCUCGCCUCCGUCCCGAAACGGCGAAGGCACGCCUACUUCGACAGCGACGAUAUUGGGGGUUCGCACCGACACCGCGCCCGGAACGGCUGGCGUUGAGCGUCUUGUGCCAAUGUUCAAUGAACGCUUCCUUUUUGAUGACGAGGUCGGCGAUGACUCGGCAUUUGUGCGAAAGUACAAUCUAUCGGCUGACGAUGACGAAUUCCCUGUUCUGCUGAAGACGCAGGGGCCUACCGUGAGCCAGCCGCCCACGGCCGCGCAGCUCUCAUCGUUUGUCAGUGCGCUGGACCUCGCUCCAAUGCCACCGCCAUCUGGCGCACGCUCCGCGGAGGUUGGUACUUCGCCUGCACCUGGCGCCCCCUCCUCGCUCUCGCCCUGGCUUCAUUCUACGCAGCAAUUCUCGGAUUGUAUGGACUCUUCUAGUGCGCAAACACACUCGCCGUCGUUCCCGGGCUUGGCCCCUAUCGGUGGCGGAUCGAGUCUGCGCCUUCAUGACAAAUCGCCUUCUGCCCGACCGUUCCCGGAGCUGUUUGACGAGUCACGCGGUACAGGUCUUCCUACGGCUGGUCUUAGUGGUUUCCCGUCAGCGCUGCCAACGCUUGCUGUGGGAGCACGCCCACCAUCGUUCCAUAACGCUACUUCGGGUAUGGUGAUGCCGACGGCUGCGACGGCACCGCCGUCGUUGAGUGCUUCACUGGAUAUGUCGCCUGCCUCGACGCAGCCUGCGCCUCACUCGGAUGCCAGUGAGGCGCCACGCUAUGGCCGUUUCCCACGCAAGGACGAACGUCGCAAAACCAGCCGCGCUUUCUCGGAUGAGUCCGAGCAUGGGUUUUCUGGCCGUGGUAUGCGUCGCUCGGACGUGGACUUGUCCAUGAUGCAGCUGGAGGACCUGCGUGGCGAGAUUUCGCAGCUGUGCCGUGACCAAUUUGGUUGCCGAUUUCUGCAGAAGAAGCUGGAUGAAAAUGUUCCGUCACAAUGUGAUCUCAUUUUCACGGAGACGUUCCCCUACUUUGCCGAGCUGAUGACGGAUCCGUUUGGCAACUAUUUGUGUCAAAAGCUGCUCGAGUACUGCACGGAUGCGCAGCGCGACCAGAUUGUCGAGGCUAUCGCGAAAGAUCUGGUAACCAUUUCGUUGAACAUGCAUGGCACUCGUGCUGUGCAAAAGACGAUUGAUUUCAUUUCCACGUCAGCGCAAACCGAGGCGAUUAUCGGUGCCUUCUCGCGCAACGUCGUCACGCUGAUCAAGGAUCUGAAUGGGAAUCACGUGAUCCAGAAAUGCCUGAAUCGCUUGUCGUCGACCGACAACCAGUUUAUCUACGAUGCGGUGGCGGCGAAGUGUGUGGAUGUGGCUACGCAUCGACAUGGAUGCUGCGUGCUCCAGCGCUGUAUCGACCAUGCCUCGGAUGCGCAACGGAACCAGCUUGUGCAAGAGAUUACAGUGUAUUCGUUGACAUUGGUCCAAGAUCCGUUUGGCAACUAUGUGGUGCAGUAUGUGCUGGACCUGAAUGACUCUGCAUUCAACCAGUCUGUGACACAGCAGUUCUUGGGUCAUGUGUGCCAGUUGUCCACGCAAAAGUUCAGCUCGAAUGUGAUUGAGAAAUGCAUUCGCGUGGCAGACACGGAUCUGCGCCAGCAGCUUGUGUCAGAGCUCACGGAUGCUACGCGGCUGGAAUCGCUUUUGCGUGACUCGUUUGCGAACUAUGUCGUGCAGACAUGCCUGGACUAUGCGGAGCCAAAUCAGCGUGUGCAGCUAGUCGAGUGCAUUCGCCCGAUUUUGCCCGCGAUCCGGAACACGCCGUACGGCAAGCGUAUUCAGAGCAAGCUGCAGCGCGAUGGCAGCGAGCCGCCCCGCUUCCGCCGCGGACAGGGCCAGCACCACGGUGCGCCUGACGCUUCGCGGGGGCCUGGUGGCGGCGCUACGGCGUUCCAUGGUGCGUCGGGUCGUGCUGGUCUGCGCUCGACUGGCGCCUCAUCGUUGGCGCCGGGCAGCACUCGUCUUCCACGUGGUGCUGCGGCGCCCGGUGCGAUGCGCAAGCAGGCGGAGGCGGGUCUGUUCCCGCCUGCAGUGCCAUCGGACAGUGCGCCUGACAUGACCGCGUCGCUGUAUGCGCCACUACGUGGCAUGCAGCUGAGCGGUUCAGGUAUGCCGAAGUACGACCGGCUGCCUGAAGAAUUUGCUGCUAUGGCUGCCCCCCGUACGGCGCCGGGCCCUGGGCCCUGGUAA